AUGGCAAGCUAUAACAAUCAACAAGCCCAAAAUGCAUUUAAAAAUGAUGGCUCAUUCCUAGAAGUAUAUCAACGAUUUGAACAACAACAACAACAGCAGCAGAAAGCCAGAACCGCAGAACUACCAAUACUUGAUGUACAAGUAUCUCAAACUACAUAUGCUGCUGCUACUACUACUUCUACUACUACUACUACUACUUCGGCAGUUGCCUCAGAAAAACGAUCUGAAACUCUUAAGACGUUGCCAAUAAUUGGUAAACGUAAAAAUAAAGCGUUGAAAACGGGUGUGGUUAAAAAGGUUAAGCCGGACGAUGAAAAAAAAGUAUCUAAACCUACAGAUGCUUGGUCAUUGUAUUUAGAUGAAGUUAAACGUUACCAGGAAACAGUGGGAGAACAGGAUAAUAAAACUAGACCUCUUGUAAAAUGA